AUAUUCCUGUCUAGUGAAACGACAAUACAAUUUCCACACGAUAUUCGGUGUAACACCUUGUCAGUCAUAAAACUUAGUGAUUUUUCAUUGAACACUUUUCACACCAUGCUUUUCCCAUUUUCCGCCCCAAAAGCGGCUCAAAGGAGGUCCGUGGAUAUUUCUGAAACGCGCUGCGGUUUUAGCUUUGUCAAUUGCAGGAGGAAUGCUGAUCUAUUGGCCCAAGGCUAUGAGCCGCCGAAGGCUAUCCGCACGGGCACCUCCAUUGUGGGCAUUAUCUAUAAGGAUGGCGUUAUCCUGGGCGCCGAUACUCGCGCCACCGAAGGACCCAUUGUCUCCGACAAGAACUGCUCCAAAAUUCACCAUCUCCAGGAUCACAUAUAUUGCUGUGGAGCUGGCACCGCUGCCGACACGGAGAUGAUGACCCUGACGACCUCCGCGGAGCUGGAUCUGCACCAGCUGAACACCGGGAGGCAGGUGCCGGUGGUCUGCGCCAGCAUGCUGCUCCGCCGAACCCUCUUCCGCUACCAGGGACACAUCGGGGCCGCUCUGGUGAUGGGCGGGGUGGACAGGACCGGUCCCCAGAUCUACUGCAUCUAUCCGUGCGGGUCCAACGACAAGAUCCCCUAUGCGGCCAUGGGUUCGGGCACUCUGGCCGCGAUGUCUGUGCUGGAACACGGCUGGAGACCCGACUUGGACCGGGAUCAGGGCAAGCAGCUGGUCCGCGAGGCCAUCUCGGCGGGCGUGUUCAACGAUCUGGGCUCCGGAUCGAACAUAGAUCUCUGUGUGAUCACCAAGAAGGGGGCGGAGUACCUGAGAACGGACACGAUUGCCAGCGAGAAGGGUGAAAGGUUGGGCAAAUACGGCAUAAAACCCAAUACCACCAUGGUGACCUCCACGUCGGUGCUGAGUCUUCUGGUCACCGAUGAGCGAACCUUUGGAGUUUCCCCAUUUGCCUCGAAAUCAGCCGUGGAUCAGGAUCAAAAGCCGGGCACCAGUGGCGUCCAAAGGGCUGAUCCCAAGGAGGAGGUGGACCCACCCGAAGGAUCCCAGAAAAAAUCACUGUAGAUAGUUUAACAUUUUCAUUUAAAUUCUAGCAAAUUAAUCGUUAACAAGCCACUUGACUACACAUAAAUG